AUGGCCAACCUCAACGAGAACGGCAUCCCGCCCUUCGAGAGCCUGCCCCUCGGCGCGAACGACCCGCCCUUCUCCGCCUGGGGCCUCUACGGCCAGAGCGACGAGCUCGGCACGCUCAACCGGCUGACAGACGAGCGCGUGGCGGCGGCGGCGCGGGACGAGAUCAGGACGGGCUUCCGCGUGUCGCUCAACUGGCCGCUCGACGCGCAGUCGCAGGGGACCUUUUUCUCGCGCGCCGCCUUCCACCAGGACAUGUUCCAGAAGACGCCGCGGUUCAUCAACGACGACGUGUGGACGUUCAACUCGCAGAGCUCGUCGCAGUGGGACGGCCUGCGGCACUACGGCUACCAGCAGGCGCGGCGGUUCUACAACGGCGUCACGAUGGAGCAGGUGCACGGCGUCGACGAGCACGGCGCCCGCUCGACCGUCAACGGCAUCCAGGCCUGGCAGGAGCGCGGCAUCGUCGGCCGCGGCGUGCUCGUCGACUUCCACGCCUGGCGCCUCGCGCAGGGCCGCGACUACGACGCCUUUGGCCACGACGACGUGUCGGUCGACGACCUGCGCGCGUGCCUCGCCGCCCAGGGCACCGAGGUCCGCUUCGGCGACAUUCUCCUGACGCGCACCGGCUUCAUGGCGGCGCACGCCGCCAAGUCCAAGGACGAGCUGCAGGCCCUGCAGGCGACGCUGCCGCACACCUUUGGCGGCCUGCGCCAGGGCGAGGACACGCUGCGCUGGGUGUGGGAGAACUUCAGCGCCGUCGCCGGCGACCAGCCCUCGUUCGAGUGCUGGCCCACCAAGCUCGACUACGCCAUGCACGAGGUCCUGCUCGCCGGCUGGGGGUGUCCCAUCGGGGAGCUGUUCGACCUCGAGGCCCUGGCGGCGCACUGUCGCAAGGAGGGGCGCUGGAGCUUCUUCGUCGCGAGCGAGGUGUGCAAUGUGCCCGGCGGUGUGGCCAGUCCGCCCAACAUCCUCGCCAUUUUCUAA